ACACACACACACACACACACACACAUAUAUAUAUAUAUAUAUAUAAAUUUGAAGAAUAUAUAUAUAUCAUGACAGAAUCUUUGUAAAUGGUGCUCUACGCCCUUUGGUUCCAAAAUCAACUCUACUUCCCUAUAUCAUUCUGAUUUGUAGCAAAUCAAUAGAUUUGACAAUGCACGAGUUUAGAUAAACACACUAUUUGUGAGUAAUAUAGUGUAUUAACAAAUAUAUGCAAAAUUUUUAAUCACUUAUUUUCAGUACCUACAUAGGGGGUUUUUGUUCGAGUCUUGCCAAUAAUGACGUCAGUUUUGCCAGGGUGCAAUGUGUGUAUAUUUGAAUAUGAAUGUAAGCAAAAUUGGCUUCGAUUUUGGAUGGAUAUAAUGUAUGUGUGUGUACUUGACAGUAAUGUGUAUUUCCCAUUUUGGAGGUUUAAAACAUGACGUUUUAUCGAUUUUGGAUGGAUGGAUAUAAUGUAUGAAGAGUUUUAAAUAUGACGUUUUAUCUAUUUGUUUGGAUUUUAGUCCCUGUGUUUUUUUUAUGUGUGUGAGGGUGGGCGGGAGUUCUUAGUGAUCGGAAACUCGGAUCAUUUAUUUCUUAUACUCUUUUUUGCAUUAUUUGCAUUAUGGUCAAUUACAAGAAUAUAAGCUCUCAUACACACAUGCCUUCACCUGGACUUAAAUUAUUAAUUAUUUUUGCAUAAACUGUAUAGUUUAUAGGUCAUGGACUGGCAGGAAUUCAAGGGCCAAUGUACGGGGGAACAAAUUGUUUCCAUACAAGAAAAGUUAUAUACAAGCUUUCACCUGAUCAUAAUAUUACACACUGGUGUUUUCGUGAAGAUCUGGGGGACUUUUGGUGCUGGUAAUCUAUGUUUAUUUAAUUUGCAGAAAAUGAGGUAUCUGAAAGAGAUGCAAGCUGCGGAGUACAGACUACUGUCAAAUAUGAUACUGUGGCACCACUUCUGUUUCAAGCAAUUUCAACUAUUCAUACCUUUCACAAGUUUCAUUUAUCGGAACAGAUGGCUUAGAAGCUCUCAGAUCCGAAGCCUCUAGCUGGGUACUUUGUCGUUACUUGCAAAUUCCUAACAUACAACAAGCUGGUAAACUAAUGUUCAGGUGGUGAAACAUGGGAACAAUAUACAUUGCUCAAUGCCAGAGCUUGCUUGAGCAAGUACCAUGACUGUUGCUAUUUUCUUCAAUUCCAGCUUCCCACCUUUUGAGAAUGAACCCAAAGGUAAAAGUUCACACCUAAGUUUGCAAUUUUUGAAUGUCUUGGAUUUUAUGUCAUAUUUGGGGGAGACGAGUUGUAUAAAAAUAAUAGUUUAAAUAUAUUGAACAAAAAGAUUGAUACUGCACAGAGGUCUUCGGGGCCACAUGGAGGUUGUUGACAUCGUGAUACUGCCAUGAGGUGUAGGUGUUGUAAUGGUUGAGAAUAAGACAAUCAGAAAUUUGUUGUUAUCAGUGCUUUUUUAGUUAUAGAGCUUUUGAUGAGUAUGAAGGGAUUGAAGUUGCUUGGAAUCAAGUAAAGUUCAAUGAUUUUCUACACAGUCCUGAGGAUCUUGAAAGGUUGUUUAAUGUUGAAAGGUUGUUUAAUGAGAUUAAUCUGCUCAAAAGUUUGAAACA